UGCCUGUCAAGUUGGCUACAAGUGUAAUGGCGUCUGGAGCGCGAGGCCCGGUGUUUGAUUGUGGUUGUAGUUCUGAAACCCAUUAAAUCUCUAUUUACAUCAGGUUUCCACGAUUGUAUAAAGUUCAUUCGCGUUAAGGCAGUCAUUUUUAAGCUCUUGCUUCGAAGUGUAAACACUUUACUGUGGUGGUGAAGCGGAAGUCACGAUGAGCUUCAAUCCAGGGAAUAUCGGUAUUCAGUUUGGCGGUGGUGGCGAUGCACCUAAGCAAGGCCUUCCGUCUUUCGCUGCACCAAAGCCUACUUUUGGUGCUGCUCCUGGCGCAACAGGUUUUGGUUCGGCUCCCACUGGCUUCAGCUUUGGUGCCACCCCUACUUCAGGGUUCGGCAGCGCUCCAGCCUCAGGAUUUGGAGCUGCCCCUGCGUCAGGAUUUGGUGCUGCCCCCGCUUCAGGAUUUGGUGCUGCCCCUACUUCAGGAUUUGGUCUGUCUGCUCCAACAAGCGCCCCUUCCACGGGUUUCUCCUUUGGUGGCACGCCAAGUAGUGCCCCAGCUCCUACCUUCGGCGCAGCAACAGGCACAGCAGCCCCCACCUUUGGUGCCCCUACCAGCGCUUCAACCUUUGGGGCUCCUGCAAGUGCUGCUGGCACAGCCCCUACUUUCGGAGCGGUUGCAGGCACUGCUGGAGCUGCCCCAACUUUUGGCUCUGUCGGUAGUGCUCCUGGCGCUGCUCCCUCAUUUGGCGGAGCCGCAGCCCCUGCAAGCAUCGCUCCAAGUUUUGGGGCGACAGCUGCCGCUCCAGGAGCUGCCCCAAGUUUUGGAGCUGUAGCAAGUAGUGCAGCGGCAGCUCCAAGUUUUGGAGCUCCAGCAUCUUCUCAAGCCACGUCUUUCGGCUUGGGGUCCACAUCCACACCUUCAUUGGGCCUGUCGUUGGGCUCCGUUUCCACGUCAACGACUGCCACAGCAGCUGCACCUGGCACUGGUACUGGCUUCUCCUUCAGCUCGGCAGCCCCAGCUGCGACUCCCGCUGCCUCCACUGGACUGUCCCUGGGUGGGGCACCGACCGCCAGUGCAGCAGCGACCACCUCCGCUCCAGCCGCUGGAGGAUUCUCCAUCACUGCUCCAUCUUCAGCAGCCCCUGCAUCUGGAACUGGCUUCAAUUUCGGUGGCGUGGCCGCUACUCCAGCAUCAACAGGACUUUCCCUGGGAACAUCAGCAACCAGCGCAGUAUCAACUGGAUUUUCAUUGACCACGUCUUUGACUAGUUCCGCCCUGCCAGCUGCUUCUACCACAGGUGCAGCUCCUCAAACCACAUCUUCAUCAGUUUCAUUUAGUUUCCCAGCUUCAACAACAGCAACCACAUCUGCCCCUCAACUUUCAUUCAACUUGGGAGCUUCAGCUGCAAGUGCAGCUACAUCAGGAACAACAACAACCACCACCACCUCAGACUCCACUCCAAGUGGUCCUGUGACCUCUUUGAAUUUUGUCCAGUUAGAGGAGACAAUUAACAAAUGGACUAUGGACCUUGAGGAACAAGAAAAGUUAUUCAUGUUGCAAGCUACUCAGGUCAAUGCUUGGGACCGCACACUGACUUCAAAUGGUGAAAAGAUUGAGGGCCUUAACCGAGCAGUGGAAUCGGUUAAAAUGGAGCAACAGCGACUAGAUAAUGAACUGGAAUUUAUAUGCUCACAGCAAAGAGAAUUAGAAGAUUGCCUUGUCCCUCUGGAAAAGGAAUUGGCAGGAAACGCCGUCACCGACCCGGAACGCGAGCACACAUAUGAGCUGGCUUCAAACAUGGAUACCCAACUGAAACAGAUGUCAGAGGACCUCAAAGAAAUUAUAGAAAAUUUGAAUGAAAGGAACAGAGCUCAGGACUCAUCAGACCCGCUGGUUCAGAUUGGUCGCAUAUUAAAUUCUCAUAUGGAUUCUCUGCAAUGGAUUGAACACAACACUCAUGCCAUCCAAAACCAUCUUGACCAGGUCUCUAAGCUUCAUGAGUCUCAUCGUAGGGAUAAUGAAAGGUCAUUUCACCUUACUUAUGACUAAUUCUUAUUACUCCUUCAAUUUGGUUACCUGAGUAGGUAUGAGAUGAAACCUACAGUCAGAUGCUUCAAGAGCAAAAUUUUGUAUUAGGUAUUGAAUCAAUUAAAUAUUUUUUUAUAGCUGUA